GAGCUGAUCAACAUGGGUGCGAGGCAUAUAAUAAUUCCUGGAAAUGCUCUAAUUGGUUGCUUUCCAUAUAUCUUAACUGCACUGCGCAACAAUCAUCCCGACGCUUACGAUAAUAUGGGUUGUCUUAAAAGCGUAAAUGAUCUAAUCGCAUAUAAAAACGACAAUCUCCAAGCAGCUAUGAGAAAUCUGAGCAGAGAGUUCCCAGACGUUAGCAUAAUGUAUGGCCCGAUGGACGAAGGGAUGCGGCAAGUUAUUACCGAGACAUUAGCAGGCCA